AUCUCAUUUAGAUAUUGUUAUAAUGAUUUAUAUUAUUAAAACACAAAAAUUUUUUAUAUAAAAUUUUCCAAUAUAAUUACAUGAUAUAUGUUUAUUUAACAUGCGAUAUUCAUUAUUAUAGGUAAAAACUUAUAGUUGAAGAACAGUUGAGAGUUGAUGACGCAUCGGACUUUUCUCAAGCGGCAGUAAAUAUGGCGCAUCAGACCUUUGAAGAAUGCGCCAUUGGCUAUGGUAAAGGACGUGGAGCACUUUUAUUCAAUAACAAUGACACAGAUUAUAGUGUAGGAGGCUACAAUAAUAGCAAACGAACAAACUAUAAGGAAAAUAAUGACAAUGCUCAUGAAGAUUAUGAAAAUAGAUAUAAUGGCAAACAUAAUAAAUUUGAAGGACGCAACAGACAACAGGAUAGUGAUGGGCCGCGUCAUGGAAACAAUAGAGGAGGUGACAAUGAUCGUAAAUGGCAAAGUAAUUGGAGAAACCAGUAUGACGACGGUGAAACUGAAGAUAUCGGCUUUAAUGGACACGUCAGAUCUAGAAGAGAUAGAGAUGAUAGAGGUGAAAGAGGCGGCAAUGGAGGUGGAAGAGAUGGUGGUUAUGGCAGAAAUAGGGAUAACGAUGAUAAUGAUUUUGAAGAUAGGAAACCUAGAAGAGAUAGAGGUGAUAGAGGCGGCAGAAGAGGUGGAAGAAAUGGUGGUUAUGGCAGAAAUAGGGAUAACGAUGAUAAUGAUUUUGAAGAUAGGAAAUCUAGAAGAGAUAGAGGUGAAAGAGGCGGCAGAGGAGAUGGAAGAGAUGGUGAUUAUGGCAGAAAUAAGGUAGAAAUAGAUAUAAAUAUGAAAAUAGAUAUUAUUAUCAGAAAUAGAUAUUAUCAUCAUAAUGAUAAUGAUAAUAACGAUUUUGAAGAUAGAGGACAUGGACGAAAUGACGAUGAAUCGAAAGAAAAACCAAAAAAGAAAAAGAAUUAUAUCCCAUCAGAACAACCAAAUGAUGAAGGUUGCUUAUUUGGGAAUGAAGUUACAAUGGGAAUAAACUUCAAUAAAUAUGACAGUAACAUAGAUUGUAGUGUAGGAGGCUACAAUAAUAACAAACAAACAAACUGUAAGGAAAAUAAUGACUAUACUAACAAAGAUUAUGAAAAUAGAUAUAAACAUAGUAAUAAAUUUGAAGGACGCAAUAGACAACAAGAUAGUGAUGGGCCGCGUUAUGGAAGCAAUAGAGGAGGUGACAAUAAUCGUAAAUGGCAGAGUAAUCGGCGAAACCAGGAUGAUGACGGUGAAACUGAAGAUAACGGCUUUAAUGGACACAACAGACCUAGGAAAGAUAGCGAUGAUAGAGGUGGAAGAUGUGGAAGAGGCGGAAGAGGAGGUGGUUAUGGCAGAAAUAGGGAUAACGAUGAUAAUGAUUUUGAAGCUAGGAAACCUAGAAGAGAUAGAAGUGAAAGCAUUGGCAGAGGAGGUAGAAGAGAUGAUGGUUAUGGCAGGAAUAGAAAGAACAGUGAAAAUAAUAAUUUCGAAAAUAGUGGACAUAAACAGAACGACGAUGAAUUGAAAGAACCAAAGAAGAAAGAGAUUUGUAUCCCACCAGAACAACCAAAUGAUGAAAGUUUCUUAUUUGGGAAUGAAGUAACAACGGGAAUGAACUUCAAUGAAUAUAACGUUAUCGAAGUAAAUGUGACUGGUGAAGGUGCACCGCAUCCAAUAAAAUCUUUUGACCAAUCCGGCCUUAGAACUGAUCUGUUGCAGAAUAUUAAAAAGUCGGGUUACACAGAGCCUACUCCAGUUCAAAAGUACGCCAUUCCAAUUAUAAUGAGCGGCCGCGACUUAAUGGCUUGUGCACAAACAGACUCGGACAAAACUGCGGCAUUCGUACUUCCAAUUCUACACUCGCUGUUGGAGAAUCAAAGAGAUUUAGUUAAAACGGGUUCUUCCUGCGAACCACACGCGAUUAUUAUAUCGUCUACAUGCAAACUUGCUUUGCAAAUUUAUACACAAUUCAAGAAAUUUUCUUUGAACUCUGUCAUACGUGUCGAGUCGAUUUCUGAAAGAACUUCAUCUAUGUUGUCGUAUCUAACAAAUAAAGUAUGCAACGAUUGCCACGUUUUAAUCGCAACUCCAGGCAGACUGUUGGAUUUUAUUGAACGAGGCAAGGUUGUACUUUCUUCCUUGCGCUUUUUUGUACUAGAUGAGCCUGACAGAAUGCUUGAUAUGGGUUUUCUGCCUGAUAUUGAAAAGAUAAUGGAUCAUGAAACAAUGGUAGCUACGGAAAAAAGGCACAUGCUUAUGUUUUCCGCUACUUUCUCGAAGAAAAUACAAAAACUUGCUGAUAGAUUUUUACAAAAUUAUUUAUUCCUCGAGGUUAGGAUUGUCGGAGAUAUUUGCGCUGAUGUACAACAGAAUUUUUACCAAAUAUCUGGUCAAUCCAAUGAGCUAGAAUUGCUCAUAGAACUGUUAGGGAAACAAAAUAAACUUGGUAGUAUACAAGAUACUUUAGUAUUUGUCUCACAGGAAAUUCAGGCGGACAUCAUUACCUCUUUCUUAUCGGAAAGAAAUUAUCUCAGCGCACACAUCGAUGAAGAUGGAUUGCAAAGAGAACGAGAAGAAACACUAUUUGAUUUUAAGCAAGGAAAAAUGCCGAUUUUGGUACUAACAACGCUUGCUGCGCGAAGCUUGGAUAUUAAAGAUGUUUCGCACGUAAUCAACUUCAAUUUGCCAGAAACGAUCAACGAAUAUGUUGAUAGAAUUGGACGAAUUAGUACAGUUGGAAAUUGUGGAAAAGCAACUUCAUUUUUCGUUCCAAAAUUUGAUAUGCCUCUCGCAGGAGAUUUGAUAAAAAUUUUAAAGCAAGCUGGUCAGGUGGUACCUGAUUGGUUAGAAUCUAUUGGUGGUGGAGAAAGCGGAAACUACUUCAUGUCAGGAAAGGGCAGAAGAUUUGGCGGAGAAGAUAUCAAAGCCGUAAAAAUGGCUGAACAACAGAGGGAAGUUCGUUUUCUUAAGAUUGUUGGAGAUGUUUGUGUUGAUGUAGAACAGAACUUCUACGAAAUUGAUCAUACCGAAUUUAAUCAUACCGAUAAGCUAGAAUUGCUCCUAGAACUGUUAGAGAAACAAAAUAAACUUGGUAGUAUACAAUAUACUUUAGUAUUUGUCUCAGAGCAAGUAAACCCGAAGUUGAUUGCCUUUUUCUUGUCGUUAAGAAACUGUCCCAAUAAAUAUAUCGAUGAAGAUGAAUUGCAAAUAAAACAAGAAGAAAUACUAUCUGAUUUCAAGCAAGGAAAAAUACCGAUUUUGGUAUUAAAGACGUUUGCCGCGCGAGAAUUUGAAAUUAAAAAUGUUUCGCACGUAAUCAACUUCAAUUUGCCACAGACGAUUGACGAAUAUAUUGAUAGAAUUAGUCGAACUAGUAGAGUUGGAAAUCAACUAGGAAAAGCAACUUCAUUUUUUGAUCCAACAUUUGAUCGAUCUUUGGUAGGAGAUUUGAUAAAAGUUUUAAAACAAGCUGGUCAGAAAAUACCCAAUUGGUUGGAAUCUAUUAGUAGUGGAGAAAGCGAAGACUACUUUAUUCCAGGAAAGGGCAGAAGAUUUGGUGGGGAAGAUAUCAAAGCCGGAAAAAUGGCUGAACAACAGAGGGAAGUUCAUUUUCUUAAGACUGUUGAUAUUUGUGCUGAUGUAGAACAUAACUUCUACGAAAUAUCUGGUCAGAUUAAGCUAGAAUUGCUCACGGAACUGUUAGAGAAACAAAAUAAACUUGGUAGUAUACAAUAUACUUUAGUAUUCGUCUCAAAGAAUAACCAGACGCGCCUCGUUGUCCCUUUCUUAUCGGGAAGAAAUUUUCCCAGCACAUAUAUCGAUGAAGAUGGAUUGCAAAGAGAACAAGAAGAAACACUAUUUGAUUUCAAGCAAGGAAAAAUACCGAUUUUGGUAUUAACGACGUUUGCCGCGCGAAAAUUGCAUAUUAAAAAUGUUUCGCACGUAAUCAACUUCAGUUUGCCACAAUCGAUCGACGAAUAUAUUGAUAGAGUUAGACGAACUAGUAGAGUUGGAAAUCAACUUGGAAAAGCAACUUCAUUUUUUGUUCCAGCAUUUGAUGUACCUCUCGCGGAAGAUUUGAUACAAAUUUUAAAACAAGCUGGUCAGGUAGUGCCUGAUUGGUUAGAAUCUAUUGUAGUAGUGGAAAAAGAGAAUACUUCUUACUAAACAAUGGCAGAAGAGGUUGCAUGGAAGAUAUGAGAAACGAUGCAUACAAGAUGAAUGUGCUAAUGUUGGAAACUACAUCUCUUGUACAAAAAAGGAACCAGACUAAAAGAGCUUUUGUAGAUUAAAUGCUAUUAUUUUCUUUUUACAUUUAAAAAGUAUGACAGAUUCUAUUGGUAGUAGUGAUGUACAAAUUAAAGUUUUUUUUUAUGCCGAAUUGAAUCAAAUGUUUGAAAUUUUUAAUAACAAUUGUUUGGUUAAAUUUUAAUGAUUCAAGUCAUACUCGAAUAGCUAACUAUGUUUCUUUAAUGGAUUAUAUGCAAAAGUAUAUGAGCAAUGAUGACAAUUUGUUUUUGUUUCUUUUUUCUUUAGUUGUCAAUACAUCGUACUUUUAUCAAAGUUUUUUAUAAUAUGAUAGAAGGAAUGUAUGAUGCAUUUGAACUUAUAUU